UACCCACACCCCACGCCUUUUGCCUUUCCGUCUGCUGCUCUCUGCCCUCGUCGUCCUCCUCUCUCUCUCUCUCCCCCCCCUAGGGUUAGGGUUUCUCUGUCCUUUCUCAACAUUUGCUUUCACUCUUUGUGCUUCAAUGGAGGAGCAAAAGGUACAGAAAGGCGUGGCCGCCGAGAAGGUCGCACCCGUGUCCCCCAUCUCUGUCACGGAGUGCUACCCUCGUCUCUCGAUCAAGGCACCCAAGGGCGAAGACGCCAUCAAGUUCUACGAGACCGUCUUCGGCGCCGUGGAGCUUGAGCGUGAGAGUGAUCUCAAGCGCAAGGCUGACCAGGAGCGUCCCUUCAUCUACAAUGCUAAGCUCAAGCUUGGGUCCUUCACCUUCCUUGUGACUGAGUCUGACUCGAUUGUUGACUCCGGUGACGCCGCAGCUCUGGCUGACGGUGGUUUUAAGCAUCUGUUGCUUACUGUUGGGGACGUCGAUGCGGCUGUGUCCAAGGCGGUCCAGGCGGGAGCUGCGGCGGUUGGGGAGAUCAAAGCUGGUGGUGCUUUCUUUGGCGACGAGCAGCGUUGGGCUCAGAUUAAGGAUCCUUUCGGCAUUAACUGGUUCUUCGUCACCCCCCUUGAGAAGAAGGCGUCUGUGGCCGAAGCCCCGGUUACCGUCUGAUUCCAUCUCGCCCCACCACCACAUAUCAUGACGAUGUUUUGGUUUAGAUUUUAAUCAAAUAUUUAGACCCUUUAUGGACCGUCUGAUUCGAAGACUUUAAUUGGUUUAGGAUUAGGCUAAUCGUAGCUUUAGCCUUAAUAUUUUGAUGAAGGAAAUGUUUGACUUUAUUUGACCGUUGUUAUGUGGUUGGAUUUUUAGUAUUAAAUGAGUUCAUGGUUGUUCUAUGAUC